AACAGGGAAAGAACAUGGCUACCUUGUGAUAUUUGCGGGAAAAAAUUCGACCGUCCAUCGCUCCUAAAGCGACAUAUGCGGACACAUACAGGUGAAAAGCCCCACGCCUGUGAUGUAUGUGGAAAGGCAUUCUCAACUUCCUCCUCCCUGAAUACACACAGGCGGAUCCACAGUGGCGAGAAGCCGCAUGUGUGUAAAGUAUGCGGAAAGCGUUUUACUGCGUCUUCUAACCUCUACUACCAUAGGAUGACCCAUGACAAGGAAAAACCUCAUAAAUGUACGCUGUGCUCGAAAUCCUUCCCCACGCCGGGAGAUCUUCGUAGUCACAUGUACGUCCAUAAUGGCUCCUGGCCUUUCAAGUGCGAAAUCUGUCACAGGGGAUUCAGCAAGCAAACGAACCUGAAAAAUCACGUUCUGCUUCAUUCUGGAGAUAAACCACAUGAGUGCAUACUAUGCGGGAAGAAAUUCGCCCUCCAGUGCAAUCUGAAAACUCACAUGAAAACGCAUGAAGCUUCAACUAUGCAAGAUAACUGUAUCAAGUGUGGAAAGUCGUUCAUGCCGAAUCAGAGCUCCCCAAAGCGAGUAUGUACACAGUGUCUGAAAAUCAAACCUGAGGAUACAGAAAAUGGACAGAAGAAAAAAAGGAUAACAGAUUUCAGUAUCUCAAGACUGACUAACACAACGCCAAAGAAAUCGUCAUUUUCUCCGUACCGUCCCACUAAAUCUGCCAGCAGUGAGGGCCAUUCACGUUACUCCAGUUCCGACUUCCUUCACUCAUCUCCUUACUCUCCUAAACUGGUUCCCCCGCCAUUUGAACAUUCAUUGUUGUCACCACUACAGCCAACGAACGUCUUGGCAAACACAAUCCAUUUCUCACAUGCCAUUAUGUCGCCCUUCCAAGCACGAUUUUUCCAAAGUCGAGGUACUGCCAAUUUAUCAAAACCUUACUUUGGAGAUGUGUCGCCAGGAAGUGACGUAACGUAUUCUCGUUUGCCUUGGACAGGGUCCAUGUCACAUCAUCAAAGUUAUUGAAAUACGCAAGUACCGGUGUGUGUGUGUAUGAGAGAGAGAGAGAGAGAGAGAGAGAGAGAGAGAGAGAGAGAGAGAGAGAGAGAGAAACUAUAUUAAAAGCAUUAGUGCAAUGCCGUCCAUGCCUUGUGCACACAGUCUACGCAAGUGAUAUCUGCCUGUCUCUUUAUCAUAUUUCUAUCUGUAUAUAACCUAAGAUGUGUAAUUUAAUAAAUAGAUUAAAACUUGU